AAGUGGGGAGGCACGUAAGCCCCUGGUCGGGAGGGGGGCGAGGGGGUUGGUGCCAGCGCCUCAGCCCCGCUGCGGGGGCGUGUCCCGGGGCGGGCAUCCCCAGGCCCCGGCUGAGGAGGGGCCAGCCUAGUGGCCGCGGAGGGCCGGCGGCGGCCAGAGACUCGGUGCAGGGCGGCUGGCUCCGGCCGAGCGGGGCCAUGGAGCUGGGGGCGGCGGCGGCGGCUGGGCCCGGGAACCUGCUACAGGCCCUGCUGGAGGGCGCCGGGGGCCGGGGCCGGGUGCUGCUGGUGGCCGAGCUGUGGGAGCGGGAGCAGAGCCGCAGCCUAAUGAGGGACUUCGCCCGCCACGUCUUCCCGGAGCCACGGGAGGAAGAGGAGGAAGAGGAGGAGGAAGAAGAGGAGGAAGCAGAAGAGGAGGAAAAGGAGGAGGAGAAGGAGGAGGAGGAGGAGGAGGAGGAGGCGCGGGCGGCUGGCAGCAAGCCCGGAGGCCCGCAGAAGGCAGAGGCUGGGAAAGCCAGCGGCAAGCCCGGAGGCCCGCAGGAGGCGGCGGCGGUGGCGGAGGCGCGGGCUCCGGGCCGCGGAUCCCCGGAGCGGGCCAUCCGCUCCCCACUCGUGUUCGUGCUGUGCCGAGAAGCUUCCCUGCGGGCCCGGGAGCCGCGCCUGCGCCUGCGGGAGAUCCUGCGGGACGUGCGCGCCCGGCGGCGGCAGCGGCCUCGUUGGCGGCCCCGGUGGCGGCCCCCGCCUUGGCAGCACCCGGGGGACUGCGGCGGAGGAGGCGACGCAGCGCUAGUCGGCGUCCUGGUGGAGGAGCCUGGCGGCGGCCGCGGCGACAACCAAGGCGCGGAAGGGGGAAGCGAGGCCGAGGCCAUGCACCUGCUGGAGGCGCUGUUGCGCUCGGUGUUCGGCCGGGAUGUGGGCGGCCCGGUGCAGGCGGCCUCCUACUGCCCUGUGCGUCCGGGCAGCGCCACAGACGUGCAGAGCGCAGCCUGCAGGGCCCUGCGAGCAGCCGCCGGCCAGUGGCCGCCAGAGAGGACGAGGGGGAGGCUGGGAUUCCAAAGGCUGCUCAGAUGCUUUCCUUGGUCAUCGUGGAGCAGGAGGAAGGCCCGGGCCAACAGCACCACCAGUGGCCCAGCUGAGGAUGGUUUCCAGGACCCCUCAGAGGAGCUGGCACUGACAGUUCUGUCUCCCAAUGGACACUGUGAGGACAUCGAGGGAAGGACAGGAGCCUAGACACCCCAGGCCACCAUCCAGAUCCUGGAAUAACAGGCUGUGAGCACCAAUGGGACUUAGGACCUUUGGGUUCUGUCCCUGCCCCUCUGCCUCAUCUUGAAGACUGGAGCUGGGCCCUUCUCUGUUCACUCUGUCUCCAUCCCAAGUGGAAGGUAAUGGUACCUGCCAACUCUAUACCUUCCACAAGUGUGGUUAGCCUGGGCUGGUGAUCGGAGACGAAGUGUGCCUCACUGACCUGAGCAGCAGAUGGCAAAAUUGGGCUCUCUGGGAUCUGCUCCUAACCCAGAGCUAUCUUACUCUGUGAUCAAGGCUGUUACUUCAUUUCUCUAUGCCUCAGUUUACCAGUCUGUAAAUUGAGGAGAAGAUAAACCUACCUUGUAGUGGUGUUAUAUGAAGUCCCUACCUUGGGAAGGGUGACAUAGGACUUUGUAGAUCUACAGUGUUAUAAAAAAUCCUCUGUGUUGGUCAAUGUGCAUGAUGGGCUUUGCGUGUGUACGCAGUCAUACAUAUCCUUCAUUUCCACUGUCAUGUAGUGGAAAGAACAUUAGCCUAGAAUUUAGAAUAACUAGGCUCUGAUACUAACUCACUAACUGGAAAACUAGGGGCCUCCAUUGCCUUAUAUAUAGAAUGAAGGGAAUGGACCAGAUGACCUUAAAAGGUCUUUUCCAGCUCCGACUUUCCUAGAUUGCAUCCUUGAGGAUAUAUAAAUACACCUUGAGGAUAAACACAGCAUAAAUAAAUACACUGUUAAAAAAAGUGUCUUAAAAGCACUGGAAGUUCAAGCCAAGUCUGUACAUAAUUUGGUUUUUUAAUGUUUCAUUGAUUCCCUUUGCUUUUAUACCAAAUCAUUUUCUUUAGCCCCCUGGCUCACUUGUAACCAAGAGAAAACAUCAAAGUAGAAUCAAUCAGCACUGGGAGCUGUCCUGAUGGCAGAGCCCACCGGCCAGUAAGAGGCGGGAGGCUCACUCCAUUAACUUGACCUGGGACUAAAAUAGCUUAUUUGAAUUCUUCAGGCUCUGAUGCCUUUUUGUGUCAACAAAUGUUUACAAUAUUGCACUCACUGUAAGACCAUUGAUGUUUUACUGAACAGAUAUAGCACACAUUUCUCAAAGUGUUCUUUAGAGAGUCUUGGUAAGAACCCUGCACUGCAGAUCGUAGCUGGUUCUAGAAUUGACUUUGCCACAAAUAUUUGUCACCUCAUAUUUCUGGACUUCAAUUUCCUCCUCUGCAAAAUGAGUUUGGAUUCGAUCUCUGAGGCCCUAUCCAGCUCUAAAAUUCAGCGAUUCUUUUGUUUUUUACAACCUGUUCAUUUCAGAAUCUAUCCCACCUCUGUCCCCUACCCAGAAGCUCUCCCCUGUGAUGAAGCUCUGAAUUUCUUCCCCAGAGCCAGGCAGGUGACCUCUCCCCCUUCGGAGUUCCAAGGUCCCAGAAGGGUUGGAGUAUUUCUUCUCUACUUCAAUGGCUUGAGCCCCCACCAGCCAUGUUUCCCCCUAUUGUUAGGGACAUAAGACUAAUGCCCUAGUUCCAUCAAACCACUUAAAAUCUUUUGGCUUUUACAAAGGGGUAUUUACUUCAAAGACAUAGCAAGAACAAAUGUACAGACAUUUUUCCCAGUGCCCUUGGGGCAUCCUCUCCCUUAUUAGAUCAGUUCCCAUGUAACAUAGGCCCCAUCAGAUUUAUACCCAAUGGCUGACUGAUCCUGACUCCAGCUACUUCUGGGCUCAGAGCCCCAGAGUCACUUCUGAAGAUGACUGAUUCCUCUUUGUUCCUCGAGCAUCAAUGCUAUGUUGGCUGUAAAAUCCAGCCUGGAUUCCAGCUCCCAGAUUCCUAUGACUCAGUCUCCCAACUUUCUGAAACUUCCAUAAUUGGAAUCUCUGCUAUUUAUAUCCAGAUUUGAAAAGUGCACAUGAAAAGGUCAAGGAUGGAGGUUUGUUUCUUGGAUCACAUGGCUUUGGAGAGGCCCCAAUACUUUUCCCUUUAGGUAUGAUCUCUGUGAACAAAGAAGCCUCUGAAUAAAGCAGAGUGAUGAAGAGAGGGUGGCCAAUGGUGACAGGUGAAGCUCCCCCUUUCCACAUCCAGUUUGCCACUGGAACCAGUUACAGAAUGUCUACACAUGCUCUACCCUCUUCUAAGAAACUUCCCAUUCACAUCCUUACAAUUCUUCAGGAAGCAAGGUCCUUAAAUGUCCCUCCAUGUGGAGAGGUUGUAUCAGCCAAGGAAGCUGAUGGGGUCUAUAUGUGUCAGACCCCCAUUACAACAAAACAGAAAAGAGAGAGAGAUACAGCAGAUUCAUUGAAACUGGCCCAUCAAACGAAGUCUGACGAUGUAUGCAAUGUUCAGCACCCAUAGUCCCCCACCUUGCAAAAAAGGGAAGGAGGUCCCUCUCCACAUCUUUUCUUCAUGGCCAAUCAUGAUCAUGACCAGCUCUGCCUAGAAUGCUUCAUAGAAAAGAGGCCAAAGGCUAGACUUCAUAGACUUCUAGACUUCCCCAGCUCCCAGAUUCUUUUCCUAGAGCAGUUCUGAAUGAAGAAUGGAAUUCAAUUGGGAGCAGCUUGGGCUUAGGAGUCAAGAUGGGGCUGUACCAAGAGCCCAGGCAGGGAAAGACUGCAGCCUUGUGAGAAGGGAGAUUUCCAUUCUGUGGCCCAUCAUCUGGAAAUGUUGGCCCUGGGAACCGAGCUCCCCAUCAAGCACACUGAAUGAAGAGGAGAUUAGCAGUUGGGGGGUAACUGGAAGUAGGAACCAUUCCAGAUCUUAGGCUCCAGGCAGGGUCAGAACUACUCUUGGGGCCAUUUAGUUAUUGUUCUGAGUAACAGAGUCUUCCCCCUAGUGUCCAGGAAUCUGAGCCAACCUUUUAUGAAGAGCUAAAUGAAGCAUUUAUUCAUUUCCCCAGGGAAACUAGGAACUCCUCUUCAUCCUGCCCCCCAGUCUAUAAGGAAGAGAGAUGGGCUAGAAUCCAGUUCAGCUCUUGAUUCCUUUCUAAGGAGACACAGUCUCAUGGAAGGAUGUGCAACUUCUGCCAAGACAUUUCAAUGCUCUGUGUUUCCCAUUUGCCAAAUGAAACGAUGCCAACUUCCACCUCUUAAAGCUGUCUCAAGGGGAAGAGUGUGUGCCAGGACUGGCUUAGAGACCAAGCUAUUUCACCAGACACAAAAAUGGCUUGAGUAAAACUGACCCUGGAGUUUGUUUGGUUUUGUUUGUUUGUGGCUGAUAUCUUUUGUUUUUAUUUUACCUUCAUCUCCCAUGAGGAGCAAGGUAGCAUAGAGGAUGGCAAACUGGCUUCAGAACAGGGGAAACCUGGGUUCAAGGCCUGCCUUUGACCCAUACAGGCUCUGUGACCCUGGGCGAGGAGUUAAACAAAACUGACUGAUGCAUUGAUCAUGUUCAACAAUGUAUACAAUAUUCCAUACCCAUAGCUGCCCCCUUUCUCCACCUCUCCAAUACGUUCUAGUAUUUUCUGUGAAAAGGAGUCAUUCUUAAUGUAUGUGUUCAGUGACUGCCCAUUGGGUGCCUGCUAUGGGCAAAAAACUGGGCUGGGAAUGGAGAUGCAAAUUUCCCAGAUCCUGCUGAUUCAAGGCUCGAAGAUGAGCACUACCUAGCCUGGGCUCUCGGUUCUGCCCUUUCUGAGCCUGUGCUUUCCAGAGCCUCCAUUUCCUCAUCUGUCCAGUGUUGGUGGAGGGUGGUGAUAACACAUUCAUCAGCAGCUACCUCUGGGCUGUUGGUGGGCAUGAGACUUUGGAAAUGAAUGAGAAUUCAAUGCCAGAGACACAAGCUAUCACUCUUGUGACCAUUCACACCCCUAACUCAUGAAGGCCAGCAAUCUCGCACCAACUUUCCUACCCUUGAGCCUUUUCUACAAACAGUAAAUUCACCAAUGUUGGUGCACCUAUUUUUUCUUCUGAAGAGAUGGUUGUUAGACCUGGAAGGAGCUUCCUUUGUGAGGUUGACCAUCUCUGAGAUUUUUAAAAAUGGGAGGAAUUCCUGAACCACCUGAGUGGUCCUCAGGCUGGGAUCUGGGAGGGUCUUCUAGGAAGCCUUGGUGCCAUUAUCCUUUUGUUCAUUUCAUGUUUUUGAUAUAUCAAUGUUUAACUUUUUCCAACAUGAAAUAACAAUCUACUUAUUUAAUAAAAACCAGACAACACCUUA